UGGGGAGGAGGCGCUAUGGCCGACGUGUUCCCGGGCUCCGAGCCCGGCGCCGACCCGGAGGCGGCGCGGCGCUUCGCUCGCAAGGGCGCCCUGAGGCAGAAGAACGUGCACGAGGUGAAGGAGCACAAAUUCAUCGCGCGCUUCUUCAAGCAGCCCACCUUCUGCAGCCACUGCACCGACUUCAUCUGGGGAUUUGGGAAGCAAGGAUUCCAGUGCCAAGUUUGCUGUUUUGUGGUUCACAAGAGGUGCCAUGAGUUCGUUACCUUCUCCUGUCCUGGGGCUGACAAGGGGCCUGACACUGAUGAUCCCAGAAGCAAGCACAAGUUCAAGAUCCACACCUAUGGGAGCCCCACCUUCUGUGACCACUGUGGGUCCCUGCUCUACGGGCUCCUGCACCAGGGCAUGAAGUGUGACACCUGUGACAUGAACGUUCACAAGCAAUGUGUGAUAAACGUCCCAAGCCUCUGUGGCAUGGACCACACAGAGAAGAGAGGAAGGAUUUAUCUGAAGGCUGAAGUCACUGGUGACAAACUGGAAGUUACAGUGAGAGAAGCAAAAAACCUCAUUCCCAUGGAUCCAAAUGGACUUUCAGAUCCUUAUGUCAAACUGAAGCUCAUCCCAGAUCCUAAGAAUGAAAGCAAACAAAAAACAAAAACCAUCCGUUCUACCCUGAAUCCAGACUGGAAUGAGUCAUUCACGUUUAAAUUAAAACCUACAGACAAAGAUCGCCGGUUAUCCGUGGAGGUCUGGGACUGGGAUCGAACCACCAGGAAUGAUUUCAUGGGGUCACUCUCUUUUGGGGUGUCAGAGCUUAUGAAAAUGCCAGCCAGUGGAUGGUACAAGCUGCUGAAUCAAGAAGAGGGUGAAUACUACAAUGUUCCAAUUCCAGAUGCUGAUGAAGAUGGAAAUGCAGAGCUCCGACAGAAGUUUGAGGACUGUCAUGUAAAUAUCCACUUCUUCAAGAAAGCCAAACUUGGGCCAGCUGGUAACAAAGUCAUUACUUCAACAGAAGACAAGAGCUCAAGUGUGCCAUCCAACAAUCUGGACAGGGUGAAGCUGACAGAUUUCAACUUCCUCAUGGUGCUUGGAAAGGGGAGCUUUGGGAAGGUGAUGCUGGCAGACAGGAAGGGCACAGAGGAGCUCUAUGCAGUCAAAAUCCUGAAGAAAGACGUGGUGAUCCAGGAUGAUGAUGUGGAGUGCACCAUGGUGGAGAAACGAGUCCUGGCACUGCAAGAUAAGCCCCCGUUCCUGACACAGCUGCACUCUUGUUUCCAGACAGUUGACCGGCUGUAUUUUGUGAUGGAGUAUGUCAAUGGUGGGGAUCUCAUGUAUCACAUCCAGCAAGUAGGAAAAUUUAAGGAGCCACAAGCAGUGUUCUAUGCAGCUGAGAUCUCUAUUGGGUUAUUCUUUCUCCAUAACAGAGGGAUUAUUUAUAGAGAUCUGAAAUUGGAUAAUGUGAUGUUGGAUUCAGAAGGACACAUUAAGAUUGCUGAUUUUGGAAUGUGCAAGGAGCACAUGUUGGAUGGAGUAACAACCAGGACCUUCUGUGGCACUCCAGACUACAUUGCACCAGAGAUUAUUGCUUACCAGCCCUAUGGGAAGUCUGUGGAUUGGUGGGCAUAUGGUGUGCUGCUCUAUGAGAUGUUGGCUGGCCAGCCUCCAUUUGAUGGGGAAGAUGAAGAUGAACUAUUCCAGUCCAUAAUGGAGCAUAAUGUUUCCUACCCAAAAUCACUGUCCAAAGAAGCAGUCUCCAUCUGCAAGGGGCUGAUGACUAAACAUCCUGCAAAACGCCUUGGCUGUGGCCUGGAAGGUGAAAGAGACAUCAGGGAACAUGCUUUCUUCAGGAGAAUUGACUGGGAGAAAUUGGAGAACAGAGAGAUUCAGCCACCUUUCAAACCUAAAGUGUGCGGCAAAGGGGCCGAAAACUUCGAUAAGUUCUUCACGCGAGGGCAGCCGGUGUUGACGCCUCCAGAUCAGCUGGUCAUUGCCAACAUAGACCAAACGGAUUUCGAAGGGUUCUCUUUUGUCAACCCCCAGUUCGUGCACCCCCCUGUAGAAAAUGUAGCAUGAAACAGCAGAACAAAUCCCGCCGUGGGGAGCAGGUGUAACCCUACAAUUUUUAGGCUUUCUCCUCGUUGAUUCCAUUUGGGCCUGGAAAUUGUGGGGUUAGAGGGUGGAGGAUGAGGGAAGGGCCACUUAGUCAGGAUUUGGGCUUUGCAGCAGCAGUGUUGUCUUAACAGGAGGUAAUUUAGUGUACGGUGCCCACUUUUUCUUCUAGAAGUCGCCACUGACUUGUUGAAACUUACCCAUGUUUUGGUACGUUCUCUAUUUUGUAACUUCCCCCUGUCCUUUUUGCUCCCUUUUCCACUCCCUUGUGUUGGAAAAGCAUCUGACACGUGCUCUGAAUGAGAAGCCACCUCGAGUAUUCAUUUAUUCCUUGGGGGUGGAUGCUGGGAGGUGGGAGCUCCUCCCCGGAGACCUCAGGGGCAGCACCAGAGACUGGGAGGGGAGAGGCAUUGCAGAAACAGCACUGAAAGGGUUUGAAAAAUAUGGCAGGGAAAAAGAAAAAUAGUUGGGAAUGGGUGGGAGGGGGGUAUGAAAUCAAAUUAGACCCCGAGGCUUGGUGAAUUGAUCUGUAAAAUCCCAAAUAAAAGCACUGGGGUGGUGGCCACAUCUCUAGGAUUUGUGCUAGGAGUAGCAUGUGAUAAACUCAAGGGUGAAAUUUUUUCUUUAAUAAUAAUAAUAAUAACGAUAAUAGUAAUAAUUUUAAUAAUACUUUUGUGAAUUUUUAAUCUCCAUGAGAUUAUUCUGUGAUCCAGGGUGCCAUUGUCUGUUCAGUUGGUUUCAUUUACACCACUCCUCAAGUUUACUGUUAACUGGUUCUAAUACCAAUAUUUUACUAUGAAAUUUAUUAACCUGGAAUGUAAAACAAAACUGUAAUUCCUUAUAUCUUAUUUACAUGUGUUUAUUUAUAGUCUGCAGUGUAGGACAGUAAAUUGAAAAAAGCGUUAUGUAUACUAAAUAAACAAAAAAUGCAGCCCCAAGUGACUUCCUGACUUCUCCAGAAUAACUCAUGAAAUUCAAGUGAGAUUUAGUCUUAAAUAAUCGGUUUUAAUUCAGAAAACUUUGGGCUGUAGAAUAAUUGAGCCUGAAAAAAGCAGCACCUAAAACUGGUUUUAUUGAUAGAAUGGAAUUUAAUACGUUUUACAUAUGCUUCAUGCAAUGAAUUUUGCAUGUUUAGUAAUAACUCUUAAUAAUAAGGGUUAAUAAUAAGCAGAUCUAUAUUAUUGACAUAAUCGUAUCAAGCAUAAAGAGUAUUAUAAAAAUUUUAUAAAACAACUUGUGCUUUAUUUGUGAAAGUUCUUGUUCUGAAUGACACCAUUUAGAUUUAGCUAAAUGUUUUCUUGCUAUUGUUUUGAUUUUUACUUUAGGUUUUGAAUAUUGUUACUGGCUUAGGGUAUAAUCUCUUUUUUUUAAAGUAGAUAUACUUUUAAAUAAUAAUUGCUACCUGCAGGUUUUAUACGAGGUUCAAUUAGGCUUUCAUUUCACAUCUGCUUAUUACUUGCAGAGAAGGAAAUAGACUUUAUUUGCAAUGAUGAACACUGUAAUUAAUGCAAUCUUCUCCUCUCCUAUCACUUAGAUAAAAAAUUUUGAUAUUUCCUCUUACUACUUACCAGAAGAUAUUAACUCAAAUAUCAGUAAAUAAUGUUUUGUGCAUAUUUUGGUUUUGGUACAGCAUGUAAAAUAGUAGUUGGUGCAUUUCCCUUUUUUUUCCUCUCCUGCCUUGAUCCCAUUAGCAGCCACAGGCACUUUUUGUCUGUCAGAUGUGCAUGAUGAUGCCAGAAGCAUGAUGUCUCUGUUGCUGCAUGCAGACUGAUUACAAUUUUUCCAGCAUGUAAACAUACUCAAAAAAGUAAGAUAUUUGCCAUAAAAUACUUCAAUUUAUACUAGAAUAUGUAACGGGGUGGGGUGGGAGGGGAACCUACUUUCUAACCAUCUUUUAUGACAAUAAAACAUGGAACCUGUGCCAAAGAUUCUGUCAGAAAGAUGCAAUCCUGCCAGAGGGGCGGGCUGGCCCUGGGGGAGCUGGGCAGGUGUUGAGGGAGAUGGGGUUGGGUGUGAAGGGUGACAGUGUGGAGCUUCUGCACCUGCAGGGCCCUUGGGAAUGUGGCUCUGGGGGAGGAUGUGAAAUUCUUUGGGGCCAGGAUGUGCAAUUUCCACACCCCAAAGUCCAAUUGUUGCCCUGUCUCAGUCCUUUUGUACCCCCAGCUCGCACCAGGAGCAUCCUGGAGUGAUCAACCCUGACAUUCCAGGUGUGGCUCACCAGGGGCAUUGGCCAACUGACAGGAGCUCAGAUCAUUGCCUGAACAAACAGGACUCCAAACUUUCACACAUUUUAGGAGUAAAAUUUUUAAACUGUUCCGUGUCAAAUAUGUUGAAAUCCAAGACUGGGGGUUCAUUUUCUCCUUUGUGUAUUAUGUACUUCAAAAAUGAUGGUAUUCGCCAUAAAGCAUGUGGCCUAAUGCAGCAUUCAUGACUUCUUUUCUUUUUUUUAUUUUUAUUUUCCUGAAUAUUAUUAGCCUGGCAAUGUGUAGAAAACAAUAGGUUGAAUUAAGAUAACAGAUUACUGAGUCUCAGAUUUUAAUAAAGAAGGGGCUCUCAGCUAUGCCAGUCUGCCAAGAGGUGCCAUUGUGCUUGUUUUUAAAAUGUGAAGUGAAAAAGACACUUUGGAAAAAACAGAAAUACAGGGAGAAAAAUACCAGCAUACAGGUUUGGGGAGUAAACAAAGCAGAACAGGGGCAGAACUGAACCAAGCCAGAAACCAGGCAGGAACUCCCUUGGGCAGAUGUUACCACAGUUGUGUUUUCCUGAUGAAAUCUGAAUUUUCCAAGGAAGUCCCAUUGCUUGAAAUAUGAAUUUUCCAAGAAAGUCCCAUCUACCCAUCUGCCUUGGGUAGGUGUUGCCACAGUUCUGUUUUCCUGAUGAAAUCUGAAUUUUCCAAGGAAGUCCCAUUGCUGGCACAGCUGUGACAGUCGGGGCUGUUCACAGCAGGACAAAGCAUCACAGGGCUGGUUUAACCCUGGGACAGGGCUGGUUUAACCCUGGGACAGAGCUGCUCAUUUUCUGCCUACUUCUAUACCCAGUUUCUCCAGCCCUUGUGUUUAUCUCCCAGUUUUUCUGGCGCAGAAGCAGAAAUUCCUCUUUAGCAUAAUUUCCUCGGGUCCCCGGGCUUGUGACAGACUUGCUGUGUUCUGGAGGUUCCUGAAACCCUUAGGAGAAGGUGCUGUGAACUCCUGGAUGCUGCAGGAGCCAGGCAGGGUUGGAUAAAGCAGGGAUUGUUGUGUUACCCCUCACUGCUCUCCUGAUGCCCUCACAUGCUCUGACCUUUCCUGAGAACUCCCCCUGGCUGCUCAGAAUCCAGAAAUUUAACAUGGCAAAGAAAACCUGAAGAGCCCAGCCAGAACUUUCAUAUCUUUUCAGAGACAGAUGUUAUUUAUAUCAUAUUUUUCACAAGAUUUGGUUUUCUAGAGAACAUGUAUCAACAGAAGGAGAGGCAUUAGAGCUGCUUCUCUUUCACUUGUGUUUGGUAGCAAGUGUAAUCCCAACACCCACGUUGCCACCAAGAUUCCCAAAAGGCAAAUUGAAAAUGGUGCUGCCCUGGAGCUGGGGUGGAAGUUUUGGGAGCUGUAAUUGAAAAUAGUGCUGCCCUGAAGCUGGGGUGGAAGUUUUGGGAGCUGUAAUUGAAAAUAGUGCUGCCCUGAAGCUGGGGUGGAAGUUUUGGGAUUGAAAAUGGUGCUGCCCUGAAGCUGGGGUGGAAGUUUUGGGAUUGAAAAUGGUGCUGCCCUGGAGCUGGGUGGAAGUUUUGGGAGCUGUAAUUGAAAAUGGUGCUGCCCUGGAGCUGGGUGGAAGUUUUGGGAGCUGUUUCCAUCCCUGUGCUGAGUCCCAGGUGGUUCCAGGGCAGCCCCGUUCCUGCUGGGAGAGGCACAAGUUUGCCAUGUAAAACUUCCGAGGGGUUUUUAGGGAUCAAAUGGGACUUGACUGGCUCCUAAGCAAAUUCUGUCAUUAUUCAGGCAUCUGGAUGCUUUUGUGCACCUUAGAGUGACACUUUUGAGGGUGGUGGGAUUCCAGGACAACCAUUUCACCCACCAGCCUCAGUGCCCUGAGCAAGGCUGGCACAUAUGUGAGAAGGAGAGAGCACAUUCCUAUGAUAAAUAGUCCUUGUUAAUCCAGUUUGGAGGAGAAAUCCAAUUUAGCUUUCUGAUUUUUCAUUCUUUCCAGAAAUACAAUUGAAUUUCCUUUUACAAACUGCAGAAAGUUCUUCUGGAAAUCAGCUGUUAGUUAAAAAAAACCUCAUCACGUCUGAAUGCUGCUGGCCUUUGAAAUCCAUCCUGUCUCUUGGGGUGAAUCCAAUUCAGUAAUUCUGAGCUUCUAUAAAAUUAAUAAGGUCGAGCAAGAGAGGAACUUGUCUUCUAGCUGGAGAGAUGACACAUCCAAGGGUGGAGUGGUACCAGUUGAAAAGUGUUUUCUGAGCCAGUGCCUGUGGAUGCAAUCCCAGUGAAAUGCCAUAGGAGACACAUGCAGUGAGCAGGGAGGGCAGAUCCUCCUCAUUGUGCAAAGCACAGCAUUAGAAAGAAUUAUUAUUAAUAAUAAUAAUAUUAAUAAUAAUCCAAUAAUAAAGCUUUGAUACCAGUAGAAAGCAUAUCUGCAGUAUAUUGAGUUUACAGUAGGCUUUUGGACCUGCCAGGAAAACUUCUGGAAAUAUUUAAUGUGAUUUUCAGUUUAGUCAUUAGCAUAAGUUGUUGUACAUAGGGGUUUUGUCUCUUUGCAAAUGUGUGGGCUGUGUUUGAUGUGUCCCCUCUGUAGGUGGGCACUGAGCUGCCAAGUAGCAAAAAGUAGACAAAAAGCUAAAAAGCACUUUUUUCCCUCAGCCCCUCACUCACAGACAGGAUCUGAAAUAGCUGAGUUGAAAUAAGUAAGAUUUGACUCCACAACAUGCAUGAUUCCCUCACUGUGCCAGUAACAACUGGGAAUUAAAUGGCCUUACCAUGAAUAAUGUAACAAUUGGGAAUUAAAUGGCCUUACCAUGAAUAAUGGCCAUGCAGAGCCCUCCUGUCCCAGGAAACCUUGAGAGGAGAGGCCCCUUGUCAACCCCUCUGCCUCCCUUAUCUCACCUGCAGAAUGGGGCAAAAAUACUGACUGACCCACUGGGAGGGGUGAGCGCUUCUUAGGCAACGUUUCUAAUUCACUUUUGACCUGAAAAAAGUUGUGUAACUAUUAUUCUAAUUUUUACUAUUAAAUCAGCUUCUGGGAUUCACAUGGUACUGCUGGCUAUACCAUGCUGUUUCUACUUUUUUAUAGAACUUUAGUAACUCCGCUGAAACCGUUUGAAGAGAAAUAAAAGCAGAUCUGAGGCGUUUCUUACAGAACCUGGAGUGCAGCUUUUGUGCCUGGAGUCAGGGUGUGAUGGGGAGUGAUGCUUGUGAUUGUGUGGGUCAGCUGCACUUACCUCUUUUCCAGCUACUGAGAUUUUUUAUGUGCAAUUUUAAAAAUUCCAUGUGGAUGGAAGUCUUAGCAGAACUGAUACUGGGAGGGGGAGAUUCCCUUUGGGUAAAUAAAGUCAGCACAGCUGUUUUCUAGCACUGUUUUUACUGACUCCUGCUAAAGGAGGAGCUCUGUUCUUUGUGCAGCUGCUUUGUCCAUGACAGGCUGAUAUUUUCUGUUGAUAUUUUAAUGUAUUUCUGUGUUGUAAAUGUGUCUUUGUGCUUAUUUUUUCUACCUUGUCUGUGACACCGUAGUUCAGAUUUAAAAGAAAACUGCUCCAGAAGCUGUUUUUUUAUUCCACUGAUGUCAGUUGACCUAAAUAAAUAAAUUAAGUCUGUUAUAUGAUUUGAAACAGUGCAGGAUGAGGAGCAACAACAUUGACACAGCUGCCAUUGAAGCUCAUUUCUCACUGGUUACAUUGGACACUCUGCAGCUGAUGUUUCAUUAGUUUUAUAAUUAACAAUGACAGGAACGUUUUAAUAGAAAGGAAAACGAUGUUCAUGAUCUUUACAAACAUUUUGCUGAGAAGUAUUUGAAUUUCUUUUCCUUCUCUCUGAACCCCCUUGGGGUGACACUGCCAAGGGUUCCUUCCAGAGAUUCACACACUCCUGGCUUAAAAAUCUUCAAAUUAACAAACCCAAACCCUACUACAGCUUCCAAGGCGCCCAGGGAACCACAGAGCUCCCUGAGUGCUUGGCCAACAGCCCCAGUUCUCUGAAAAUAUCAAUUAUAUUAUGUGUUGUACCCACUGUUGGCCUUGCAGUAUAAAAACAAUGCUCUUGCAGGGGUAAUAAAAAUUUAAUCUAUGGCUUGUUCCCCAAACCUUUCAUUUGUUCUCUCCCAUGUUACCAAAAUGUAUGUAAAAAAAUAAAUAAAUUUCAACAAAAUGAAGCUCGUUUGCUCUUUCUAAAAUGUGCAUUUCUCAAGACUCUGUGGUUUUGCACAACAAUACAGAGAACACCUGAAGCUUCUCAAAUGACUGUAUGCUACUUAAUUUUUUUAAACAUUAAUGAACUCAUUAAUAUUUUUAAUAUUAUUUUUAAGACCCAAAUGUUUUAUUUAUAUAGAGGAGAACAUUAUUUGUUUUUAUAUCAUUUAUCUGCAAGAUGCUACCAGAAAAUUUGGAGAGGCCAUUCAUUUUUAAAAAAGGCAACCAUUGGAAGCGUAGUGGGCAAGACUGAUGUACAAAUUACAGCAUCUUUUUUGUUUGUUUGUUCCAUAAUUCGCAGGAUCUUCAAUCUUUGUUUGCAUGAAAUGCUUUUGUUAAGUAUUAAUUGUAGUUUCAAAGCAAGUGUGUAUGAAUAAAAAUACUGAUCAUUA